GAGAGAGAGAGAGGCAGAGAUAGCUAUAGAGAAAUCCAUCUCCUCUCCUCUCUUCCCGUCACCUUGGUUUGCCGUCGUCGGCGUCGGCCGCUGCCUCGCGCGCGCGUGGGCAGGGGGUGGUGCGCGGCGUUGCUCCUCCCUCCCCGCUGAAACCCUAGCAAGCAAGCCGUAGAUCUCGCGCGGCGGGGCGGGGCGGGGCGGGGGCGGCCGGAUCCAGGGGGUGGCAGGGGGGGGACGCGCGGGGGGUGCCGCGCGCGCGGGAAUGGCGGAGCUCGGGGAGCUCGAGGGGAAGCUGAGGGACGUCGGGGAGAAGCUCCAGUCUCCCCCCGACGACGUCGAUGCCUUGCUCAAGCUCAUCCACGAGGCCGAAAUAUAUAUAUUGAAAGUGGAACAAGCACCUUCUGAAAGCAUGAUUAGUGCUAUAACUCCAGCAAUGAAAGCUUUGAUCAAGAAAGAGCUGUUGGAUAAUUCUAGCUAUGAGGUGAAACUUUCUGUGGUGUCCUGUAUUUCUGAGAUAACUAGGAUCACUGCACCUGACACUCCAUAUGACGAUGAUGUCAUGAAGGACGUGUUUUCCAUAAUGGUGGGGUCUUUUGAGAAAUUGGAUGAUAUGGAGAACCCCUUGUUUCGAAGGAUAGUUGCAAUCCUUGAAACUGUGGCAAAGGUCCGGCUAUGCGUGGUGAUGUUGGAUCUUGAGUGUGAAGAUCUGAUACUGCAAAUGUUUCACAACUUCUUCACAACUGUGAAACCAAAUCACCCAGAAAAUGUUACAAACUGUAUGACUACAAUAAUGAUUUUGGUAAUUGAAGAGGAUGAUGAAGUUGAGAUACCCAUUGCAGAAUGUCUGCUCAAGCAUGCUAAGUCCGAACUGAAGGAAACUUCUGCUGCAUCUUUUGAACUUGCAGAGAAGGUGAUAGGUGCAUGCUCUGAAAAACUGAAACCGGUCUUUCUGCAGUUACUUAAAGGCACUUCCUUGAAUGAAUAUGACAAUAUUAUCGCAACAAUUUGUGAAGACAGUUCAGAUGUCAAGGAAGACAUGGAUGCUGAUCCUUCUGGAAAAGAUGUGGUGGAUGAUGGCAAACUUUCUGAAAGGACUAUUUCUGAUGAGCUACCUCAGGAACCUGCAAAGUUGGAGCAAGAUGUUACUCAGACUACUGCUAUUGGCAGUGGUGCAACUCCAGUUGAUAAUGGCACAGAAUCUGCAGCUGCUAAUCCCAAGGAAUUAUCCAAUCCCGAUUCAGAGAAAAAGGAUGGUGUUAAGCAGUCAGCAAAGGUUGCCAAUGGAGCUUCUGCUGAAACAUCAGAACGUGUUGAUGGCUCACCAGCUAUGGUCAAAUCAAAAAGAGGUCGACCUCCUGGACUAAAGUCAUUGGAGAAGAAGGCUGCUGGAAAGAAAGUUCUAGGUCUGAAAAAGGUUGAGGAGACUACUGAUUCAACAGGGAAGUUAUCGAAGCAGUCAUCUAAGGAUGAUUCCAAGUCAUCUACAAGAAAGGCAAGUGGAGCAGGGUCAUCAAAAAAGCAACAAAAGAUCAGUUUGAAACAGAAGGAUGAAACUGACUCCAAGGAAGAUACUGCUAAGGAUCUGAGCCUAAAGGAAAUGGUCUCUCCAAAGUCCGUGUCCAAGGGGUCAGCUAAGACCAAGGGCAGCCAAGGCCAGGACAAUAAUGGCUCCAAGAGGAAAAGGUCACAAGAGGAUGAACAAGAGACUCCUCGUUCUAGGAAGAAUAAAGGCCUUGAUGCUAGCCUUGUUGGUGCAAGGAUCCAAGUAUGGUGGCCUGACGACAAGAAGUUUUACAAGGGCAUUGUUGACUCAUUUGAUACAGCUUCAAAAAGGCACAAGAUUGCAUAUGAUGAUGGAGAUGUAGAGGUGCUUCUCCUUAGGGAUGAAAAGUGGGAAUUCGUCAGUGAGGAACAAGACAAAACCCCUGAUGUGGCUUCCGAGAUUUCCCCGAAGCCACGGGGUAGGGGCAGAAAAGGAAGAGGGAGCUCAGUGCAAUUGAAGGAAGGAAAUGCAGAAACACCUAAAAGUGGUGGAGGCGAUCUUCCCAAAAAAAGGGGUCGUCCGAAAGGUUCCAGCAAUGGUACACCCAAAAGUAACAUCUCGGCAACUUCAAGCAAAUCAAAGGGGAAAGCUGCAAGGAAGGAUGAAAAUGAGACACCUAAGGUUGGCAGUGACCUUAAGAAGGAAGCUGAAGAAGGAUCCGAAGACAAAGCCACUAAGUCAACUGAGAAGACAAAGGAUGAUUUGCCUGAGGAUGGUAGCAACAAGAGUGCCAGUAAACCAAAGGAGGCUAGCAGCGGAGGCAAGGAUUUGAAGGGUGAGAGCAAACCAAGUGAAGGAAGAGCCAAGCCAGGUCGAAAGCCAAAGGUUGCCGGUGCUGCGGUGGCUGGUGAGGAAUCUAAGGCCAAUGUCUCAGCUGAGAAAGAGAAGCAGAAGGAAGCAGAAGGCGAGGCAGCAGCUGAAGUGGAGCAGGGGGGAUCUGCUGGUGGCGCUUCUACUGGAGGAAAGAAGCGCAGAAGGAAGGCUUGAAGUUAGGGAUCCGCUGGUGGCGCUUCUACUGGAGAAAAGAAGCGCAGAAGGAAGGCUUGAAGUUACCCGCUAAUUUCUCUUGUACAUGGAUUCGCUCUCUAGACUCAAAAGGUUCGCUUAGUCUCAAAAGGUGUUAAAACAUUGCACCCUGUGUGGUUGUAACUCUUCGGUCGGGUGACCUAUUGGAAUGCCAACUGAUUGGGCAUGUAGCGGUUUUAACUAGGGGUUGUAGACAAGAUAAAAAUGCUGUAGUUGUGAUGUUAGGCGCAAGUGCGCAACUUUUAAUGGUUGGUUGAACCCCAUGCUUGCCAAGAGGCCAAUGACAUCAUAGUUGUGUCGGAUGAUGUUGUAGCUAGCCUGUUGAUGUCUUAUUUAUUUAGGCCAUAUGAGCAAAUGAGUUUUGUAGCUAAUGUGCCGGUCUGUCAGCCCUGCCUGGCACCAUUAAGAAAUCCUGUUUUUCAGAGCUCA